AUGUCGCCUUCAACUAUCAUGAUUGACACGAGCGACGACUUCGCCUUCCCCAUUGCCAAGCCGGCGCAAAACGGCUCUGCUGCCGGGGCCGCUCGAACCCUCCUCCUUGCCCCGCCGUCGAUUGCGAGCCACGAAGAGAAGCUGCGCCAGGUCUUGGCCGCCCACGACCGAUCCGUGACAGACUUGCAAAUGCUCGAUCGCCUGUCGGCCGGUCUCGUCUCUCUCCCCGCCUCUACAUACGAUCUGAUUCUUGUUCUGAGCGAUGCCGACGGUACACGGUCCGAGUCGACUCUCUUGCUGAACCGUGACGUUUUUGCAAAGGUUGUGCCAUCGCUCAAGGUCGGGGGCAAGCUUCAAGCACAAAACAGCACUCUGGGCCAAGGCACUGACAGCCCAGAUGCUCGUGAAGCCGUGCUGGCAGGACUGGUUGCUGGCCCAGAUGGCUUCACAAAGGCCGAAGAGGAGGAAGCAGCCGUACCGCUCAAGCUGUCCUUUGGCAAAUCAAAGAAGAGAAGCGCCGCUGGCCCUCCAGUAGCUACCGUGACGGUAGCCGAGACAAACGGCGUGGACAAGAAACUCAGCAUGGCGCCUCCGGUAUCAAAGCCCGCUGGUGUUGGCUUUGUGGAUCUCGAAGAUGAUUUCGACUUUGGCGAUGACGAUGACUUGAUUGACGAAGACACAUUGUUGACGGAGGAGGAUCUCAAUCAGACUUUGGCAGUCCCGGCCGAAUGCGUGCCAAAGGUUGGCAAGAGGCGGCGUGCUUGCAAGGAUUGCACAUGUGGUCUCGCAGAGAAGCUAGCUGCCGAAGACGCCAAGAAGAGGGAAGACGCAGACGCCGCAUUGAAGUCCUUGAAGCUUGGCGCAGAUGAUCUGAACGAGCUGGACUUUACAGUACAGGGCAAGGUGGGAUCUUGCGGAAACUGCUCGCUAGGCGAUGCCUUCCGAUGCGAUGGCUGUCCAUAUUUGGGCAUGCCGGCCUUCAAGCCUGGCGAGGAAGUGCGGUUGCUGAACAAUGAGAUUCAGCUAUGA